GAGAUUUCACUGUGUUGUUAACACAAACAGCGGCUAACGGAGCACUUAAAUUAAGCUAGCGACGUAUGGAUAAAGCUAUCUUAUUUCGCGCUGUUUUACCGGUUAGAAAACAUUUUUGUUUGUGUCUUUCGACAUUUUCUAUGUGCUCUCAAAGGGGGCAACUUCACAAGCUUAAUUCGGUUUAACCACACUGCCUUUCCUGUCAGUGUUGCCCCGAGUUUAGCUCGUUAAUCCUCGUUUGUGAGGACUUUUAUUUAGCUAACGGUUGCAACUAACUCCUAGCAGCGUCAGUGCUGCUGCUGCUGCUGCUGCUGCUGCGCUCAUCAUGCAUGCACAGGCACGUUUGCUCGGAUGAAACCAAACGAAAAUGAACCCAAGGGCAUAAGAACAACAACAAGCCCAUGUCUGGACUGAGAACAGCACCGUGGCUCCACCGGCCGUGAAGCCACAACCAGCAGAGCGGCUUUAGUUGGACACAGACAGACAGAGAGAGAGACAGAGAGGGAUCAGGAGCUGAAGCUAGCCUCCAGCCUGUUCACACCGCCCUCAAGAGACCACCGACAGGAGCAUUUUCAACUCUACUAAAGCCACCAAAAUCCAGCCAAAAUGGGAGAGCAGCCCAUCUUCAGUACGCGGGCCCACGUCUUCCAGAUCGACCCAAACACCAAGAAGAAUUGGGUUCCCACCAGUAAACAUGCUGUCACCGUCUCCUACUUCUUUGACAGCACAAGGAAUGUAUAUCGGAUCAUCAGUCUGGAUGGAUCUAAGGCCAUUAUCAACAGCACCAUCACCCCCAACAUGACGUUCACCAAGACGUCGCAGAAGUUUGGCCAGUGGGCCGACAGCCGGGCAAACACAGUCUACGGCCUCGGCUUCUCAUCUGAGAGUAACCUGGUCAAGUUUGCAGAAAAGUUUACCGAGUUCAAGGAGGCGGCGCGGUUAGCAAAAGAGAAGUCUCAGGAGAAGAUGGAGCUCACCAGCACUCCCUCUCAGGAGUCGGCACCAGGUGAUCUGCAGUCACCACUGACCUCAGAGAGCAUCAACGGUACAGACGAUGAGAGAGUCACACCAGACACACCUCAGAACCCUGAACCCAGAGCAGAGCCUUCCCAGAAUGCACUGCCCUUCUCACACAGUUCAUCCAGCAUCAAUAAGCACUGGGAGGCAGAGCUGGCAGCGCUGAAGGGGAACAACGCCAAGCUGACGGCGGCUCUGCUGGAGUCCACGGCAAACGUCAAACAGUGGAAGCAACAGCUGGCAGCCUAUCAGGAAGAAGCGGAGAGGCUACACAAACGGGUGACGGAGCUGGAGUGUGUGAGUGGCCAAACAACAGUGAUCAAAUCCCAAAAGACAGAACUCAACCAAACGAUAGAAGAGCUGGAGGCUGCUCUGAAGGCCAAGGAGGAGGAGUUGGAGAGACUUAAAGCAGAGGUGGAGAGUGCCAACGAGUUUCAGUCUCAGAAAGACUCCCUAACACAGAAACUGCAGGACACGGAGUCCAAGAACCAGACUUUAGAGGCCCAGCUGAGCGAUCUGGAGCAGCGUCUGGAGAGCAACCAGCAGGAGAGGGAAGCCUUCCGCAAGAGCCUGCGCUCGCUACUGGAGCUGCUGGACGGCAAGAUCUUCGAGCUGACGGAGCUGCGGGACACGCUGGGUAAGCUGAUCGAGGGCAGCUAGAGAGACAAACACACCGUCACCAAUACCUACACCGCAGCCAGCGCUCAGAAAGGAAAGCACCUGCAUGUUGGCACUCACAUCCUCACUGACAUGUAACUUGAAUUUCUUUCUCCCACACGUGUAGAAGUUUACACACGACUUUAUGCAUUAGCGGUACACACAUUUUUUUGCUACACGUUUACAAACAAGCCAAGUGAAAAGAGGCUUAGCUUGGACCAUGCCUUCCCUCCGCUCCACUCUGGAAUAUUCUCUUAACAACACAAAAAACUCUGAAAUGUUUUUGUUUUUGGAAAAUCAUUCCGUUUGCGGGGAUUUUUAUUUAUUUAUUUUUUUGCUCCUGCGAUCGUGCAGACUUUAAUUCAUUAAAGACCAGCUUUCUCUUUUCGAGCUUUUUUGCUUUGGUGCAUUCUGCAGUCACCUGGAGUCGGUGAUUAUUUCUCCCCUCUUCUUCUUUGAUUCAUCGUCAGCCAAAUGAACACUUUGGAGUCACAUGAGAAGGACUCGAGCUUUUCCUACACUCUGAUUCAUUUUUAUUUGAACUCUUGGAGGGCGACGGGGCGCUUUCGAAUGUCAUGAAGAGACAAACGUUCCUCCUGUGACUGAAAUCCACCGAGGGACUGCCAAAAGAAUACAAAAAAAAAGGCCAGAGAGGACUUUGUCUUAUAUUCUUAUACAAUAUAUGAGCAAUACAAAAAAAGGGAGCAUCAGAGGGUAAAUAAACACUUUCCACUCUCACUUUCAGGUAAUUUUACUCCUCUCUCGAAUACGUUUUAACCACAAGCGAGAUUUUAUUCACUUUCUUUCUAUACACUUUUUUUAAAAGAAUCUAACAAAUUCAUAGUGCACUUGUAAAAAUGGAGUUUGUGUGUAUGAGUGACUCUUUCUUUCUCCUCUUGUUUCUGUUGCGACUUGAAGUGCAAUGACUGAAUCCUUUCCGUUUGUUAAUUUAUUACGAAACCGUUCACUGAAGACGACGAUGAACGUUGUACAAAAGCAAAGAUCUUUAUUUACAUCUUGUUUUCACUUAAUCUUUUUUUUAUUGUCUGGUACGUGGCUGUCGAGUUAGUUUCCUCUCUUUUAUUUUGAAAAACUGGCAAUAUUUUUGAACUAUUUAUGAAAUGAGACUAUAAAGAAGGCGAUCGUGGGUUGGAUUUGCAGAGAAUCUUUUUCUUUUGCCAAAUAACGUUUUCCUGUACAGAUUUGAAUUCUUGCUGAUGUUGCCUUUGGUACAGAGAUGCAUCAAUGGUAGCUGACUAGCGGUACUUUAUUUUUUGUGGGAUUUACUAUUGCCAAAAAUCCAGCGACAUUAAGAGGAAUAGUAUAUACACCUGAAGAACACUAUUUAAGGGCUUGUUGUAGGUUCGGGUACAUUCGGGAGACUUGAAUUAUUUUAGCGGUGACUUUAUCACGUUGAGAAUUACGAGUAUUACAGCUUGAAAGGGAAAAAAAAACAUUUGAAUAAGACUUUUAAAUGUUGAU